AUGGGCGGCGUGUACACGCGCGUACAGAGCAUUUCGUCGCUGCGGCCGGGCGACCACAUUUGCAUCUGGGACUACAGUCGCUGGCCGUUCUCGUACCAGCACCACGGCAUCGUGUGGGCGUCCGGGGACCAGCCCGCCGAUAUCCGCGUGUGUCAUGUGUGGAGCCCGCUGCAGGGCUACAGAGAAGCCCAAGCCGACUCGUGCUUCCGCAUCUCGACGCUCGAGGAGUUCCUAUACAGCCGCAGCCUGGACGACCUCCGCCUCGUGGAGUAUCACACGUCGGCGUUCCGAGACUUCCUGUCGAAGUGGGGGGAAGUCCAUCGAGGCAAGUCGGAUCUGCCCGAGGUGGUGCUGGCGCGCUGCAAGUUCCUGCUGGGCUUGGGCAAGGGGGACUUCAACAUCUUCACCCAGAACUGCGAGCAUGCGGCGCACUGGUGCAAGACCGGUCAGCAGUGGUCCAAGCAGACGCUCACGCUGGUCCGAGGCCGCGUGCCGUUCGAGAAGCGGCUGUCGAAGGAGGACGUGGACGCGCUGGAGAAGGAGAUCGAGGAGAUCAAGGCCGUCUCGCGCACGGUGGUGAACAACGUGCUCAGGUUAUCAGGGUCCAAGGUGUACCUGCGAGUGCGUGGCAACGGAUACGUCCGCAUUAUGGACGACGGGGUCCACGUUGACGUCGUCCCGCAGGGCGAGAACCCGGAGACCUGCGGCCGCACAGCCUUUCGUCUGGAGUGCUACUCGAAGCAGUACAACUGCGUCAAGGUGGCGUUCUACCACGAAGAAUCGGGGCGCUACAUGUUCAGUCGCUCGACCUUCUCGUGCUUCCGCGACUUGCGCAUGAAGAAGGCCAACUGUCUGCGCGGCACCUCGGGCAUGCGCUGGGAGUACUCGUCGGGCGGCCACCUCAACAGCAUGAACCAGCACCGUCGAUACAUCGGCACGCGCGACGAUGGCCUGCUGGUGGAUGUGAGUCUGCGCGGGGAUGCGUCCUACUUCGAGUUCGUACCGUGCGUCACGGACAAGGCCAAGGUGAACGGGCAGAGCGGGUCGUACGUGCCGCCGGAUAUCACGCUGAUCACGCGGGCCUACAACCACGCCAAGAGCGUCGAGGAGACGAGGUCCAUGAGCAUGCUCGAGUUCGAGGAGGAGCAGCGCGGGCUUCCUGAGAUGAUCACCCAUUUAUGA